CGGCUGCACCGCCCUUCGCUCCGCCUCGGCCGGGCGCGGCGGAAGCGGGCAGCGGCGGCGCCGGGCGCCGCCAUGUUGUGCGUGGCGCUGGCGCUGCUCUCCUACCUCCUGCAGAGCGCCCGCGGCGGCGGCGCCGAGCGCACCUUCGUGGCCGUGAAGCCGGACGGGGUCCAGCGGCGCCUCGUCGGGGAGCUGGUGCGGCGCUUCGAGAGGAAGGGCCUCGCCCUGGUGGGCAUGAAGCUGGUGCAGGCCUCCGAGGAGCUGCUGAGGGAGCACUACGUCGCCCUGCGGGACCGGCCCUUCUACAACCGGCUGGUGAAGUACAUGAGCUCCGGGCCCGUGGUAGCCAUGGUCUGGCAGGGCCUGGAUGCAGUCAAGACAGUCCGCAUGAUGAUUGGGGAGACUAACCCGGCCGACUCCAAACCCGGCACCAUCCGAGGAGACUUUUGCACUGACAUCAGCAAAAAUGUGAUUCACGGCAGCGACUCGGUUGAGAGUGCCCGGCAGGAGAUCUCCCUCUGGUUCCGUCCAGAGGAGCUGAUUUGCUGGGAAGACACGGCUGAGCACUGGAUCUAUGGCUGAGCGCUGGAUCUAUGAGUGAUAAGAGCAGCCUGAGGGAAGCAUGUCUUCCUGACUCAGGCACGAUGCAUGUCCAUUCAUUUCAUUUCAGCCUGUUGGGCUGGCUGUGGUUUCUGCUGCAGCGUCAUGUGCAGUUGGGGGUUUCUAGUUUGGUUGGGGGUGGGGGUGGGUCAUGGGAGCUGUUCUGUGGUUUUAAUUUUGCAGUUCAGCUCCUUGCAAUAGUAGCUAUUUCUUUUUCUUAUCGGCUGUAGUAAGUAAUUAUUGUUGCUAUAGCACCCUAAAAUCCCAAGUAGCUCAAGGUGAUUUACUGAAGGAAAGCUAAAAUUGGGCUCUAUGCCCUUGACAGUGUGUAGGGCAGGCCUGCAUGGUGCAGUAGAACAAAUACUCCUAACCACUAGGAAAGAUGCUCUGAUCAUUGGAUAAGAGUGACCUGAUAGGUAUAAUCUACAUGGAUUUCUGCAAGGUUCCUCACCAAAGGAGGUGGUUCCUCACCAAAUUUUAGAGUUAAGUUGCUAUGGGAUAAGGGGGAGGGUUCCUCUAUGAGUUAAAAGAAAAUGGUUCCAAAGUGAGGAAUGAAGGAUAGGAAGAACUUGUCUCUCUCUUUCUGUUGGUGGAAGGUUGUGGUGGGAGCUCUGCAGGGUGCAUGUGAGGGCUGGUGCCAGUUCACCUGGCUUCCGAAGUGAUUUAGAGAAUCUGUGAAAGGAAAAUUCACUAAAUGCUGUUAAACGCACAACUGCUGCCUCUGGUUCAAAGGAUCCCUGGGCUACGAGUGUUGGGAAUGGGGAGGUGGCUUGUCUAGGUCUGCUAGGUCACCUGUGUGAGUAUGUCCCUUCAGUCCCAGGUCCCAUCUUGCCCAUCGCCCCUUCAGGUUUUCACACUGCUGACCAUUCCUUAAAGCUGUGUCGUGUUGGAGCCCCCGGCACAGCCUUGGCAGCGCAUUAGGGCAGGGACAGUGACUUUGCAUUCUGCCACAGAAUAGGAGUAGUUUUAAAUCCAAGGGAACAAGGUCCACCAGAGUUUUGCUGCAUGUGGGCAGAGACAUGUUUUGCCCAUGCCCUAGAUUCCUGCCUCUCUCUCCAGCUGACCUAGCUUUAUAGCUGCUGGGGAAUGAGUGCAGCUCCAUGGGGGCAGAGAGAGCAAAUUCAGUCCCUACUUCCACCUCCAGACUGGCCUAGAGCAUGCUGGGGCCAGGCAGGCCCAGACAUAAGAACAGGCACAGAUUGGGAAUAGAUGGUGUUCCUCUGCUGACUACAGUUUUCUUCAGCUGGCUGAUUAAAAGGUGCAGCCACUAGCAGCAAGGACUUCUCCUGCCCCUAGGGCCUUGCCAAGAGGUUUACAGAUCCAAAUACAUUACAGAUUCCAUUUGUUUCUAGAAGUCAUCCAUUUGCUUUUUUUAUAAUAAACUUUGGACAGUGCUGUUGUCUC